CUUCAUCUACACUGAUUGAAAGUGGGUUUAACAAGUGACCUCAAUAAGGGAUCAUAGCUUUCACCUGGAUUCACCUGGUCAGUCUGUGAUGGAAAGAGCAGGAGUUCUUAAUGUUUUGUCCACUCGGCACAGACUUGUAAAUAUACACUAUCUAGAUUUCCUGAAUACUGAGACCAGUUGAAUCAAUGCAGAAAGCAAUAUCAACCUUUAAUGGAGAUUCACACUUAGUUCAUAUACUGCACUUCAGAAUUAGAAUUAUGUGAACUGUGUGUGUGUGUGUAUAUAUAUAUAUAUAUGAAGCCUAGUAUUAUGAAUGAAAAUAAAAUAUUGAUAUUUGAAAACAAUAGUACAGUAUUAUUAUUUAUUUUAGUGAAACCUCAGUCUUGAUACGGUAUGUAGUUGUGGCUUUGACCAUGAGGUGAUUCCAGUAACCGUAAAUGAAAGGGGCUCUUGUCCUGACGAACAUAUUUGGUCUGGGUUGCCAGUUUAUGUUUCAGUCUCUGACACUCUGGGUGAGCCACACGCUGCAGAUACUAGUUAUGUUUGACGUAGCGGGAACUUGUGUGAUUAUGACCUCUCCUGACCACAGGGUUUCUCUCCUGUUCCUAGUAGCCUACUGGAGCUACAUACAUGGGAUGGUAUGAGGAAUGAUCAACUGUUUCCAGUACUGUAAGGCCGUUGUGAUAAAAUGAAGGUCAACAACUCACGCCUUUCCACCACGCUUCUCACCACUACAAACCAUCCCCACUAGCGUUGUCUCUCUCCUUUCCUGCCUGUGGUGUUUCAGCACGAGGUCUUUGACUGAGUGAUCAUACCAGAGAGAGAGAGACGGUGUGGACAGUAUCGCCUGUUCCAGCCAUAGCUGAUAAAAUCCCUGUUGUUCAGGUGAUAAGAGAGACUCCUCCCAGCUCCUACUUUAUUGACAUAAGCUCUAUUUGUGUAUUAUUGUGUCCUUGUUCAAGGAUGUGUGCACUGAUACACUGACUGUGUGGGUUCGUGAAGACUCCAAAACAACCAUGUAUUAUGAGAGGAAGACGGAGAAACCACAUUAGACUUGCUAGUGGAGAGGAGCCAGUGAAGUGGGACUGUCCUUUGUACCUAUUGAGUCAAUGCCCUAGGCCUACUACAACUGUGCUUGACUUCACUUUAGACAUCCAUUCUUUGGAAAAAUGGAUGUAUUGAUCAAUUGGUUAAGGAGCGUUUUACUGUGCUGGACAUAUCUGGUUGUCUUUCUCACCAGUGCAACUUUAAUGAUUCCCAACCAGGAGCAGGUGCGCAGUGAAAUCCCUAUGGGCCGAAAGGACACAGAUUUCGAUGAUGUAUCCUUUCUACGGACCAGAUCAAGUAGUUUCGUAUCUUCCUCGCAGCUGAUUCGGCCAUAUUCACUCUCGAUGAAUGAGGAGGAUUACCAUUACGCUCCGAAACCCAAACACCUGCGGCACAACCGGCUCCUGCGCAUUUUGGGCUCGUCUUUUGAUCCGUUCUGGAUGUCCAUAGAACGCCCAGCCGAAGCAAGGGUCGACACCGAUGCAUCUGGUGGUCAAACUGCGUCUCGUGGUGACCUGCCCGCGUAUCCCGCCUUAACAAACUACACCACUAAGGAGGGGUUCAACUUCGGCGCGUCUCCAGAGCUGACAGAGGGUGCAGCGCGCUACCAACGAAAACUACAAAACGACGCAGAGGAUUUGGACUUGAGUGAACUUCCUGCAGACGUUGCCAGCACUCUGCGUGAUUGGCUGGUCCGCUCGGCCACCUGUGGAAUGCGCUACCAGUGGGUAAAAUUAGCUCCAGUGUUCUGGCCCCGCUGGUUACGCCACACCGAUUGCGAAAAAUCUGGUGGCUCGCGCGGAGUUGCUCUUUCCCCAGCGGGAUGGCAUGCCGGCAGGCCCAAACCACACAGAUAAAGAUACUGGCCUGGCACUGCUGGAGCAGCGAAGAGAGAGGCGGGGAUGGGUUAAGAGAGAUGGCCGGGAUCGACAGGGGGACUGUGGUGGUGGGGACAGGUGUUGCAGGCAGAAAGUGUUUGUGGAGGCAGGUGCCUUAUCCUGUGGUUACAGCGUGUAAAUGUUCAUGCAAAUAGUUUUAUUUGAUCACUGUUAAUCACGAACAUGUAACCUAUUUGGGAUUGACCGAUAUUCAGGUGAGAAUUUAUUUGAACAUCUGAUUGUCAAUGUAGGCUUACGACAAUUUGUUUUGCAAUUUAUUAUCAAGUAUUGUUUGUCCAGCCUUAAAUAUGAUACCUGUAUACAAUUCAUUCACUUGGGUUUCGUAAUAAACUUGUUUUCAUUACUAUGAAACGAAGCUAUUGGACGAAAAUUGAAAAAACUUGGUGUUUCCAACCAAAGUGUUUUAAUGUGGGUUUUUUUUAGGUGGACGUUUUAUUUUUUGAUGAGAUUUCACAUUUUGCAGCCUUUUUCAUUUCUGUUACACAGGAUAGCCUACUGUGACGGAAAGAGGUGAAGAAUACCACGCUGUACUUCAGCUCUGAAUGUAUUUUAUUUAUUGUCAACGCGCGCCAUCUAGUGGUAAUGUAAUACAAACGGGUCAAUGUCGAUUAUUGAGUAAAUUAUUGGACUCUUAAUUUUGUGUUUCAAAUACAUUUUACAUUGACUGCUAUUUACACCGCUUGUGUUGCUUGUAUUUCUCGAUGUAUCGUUCUUAUUUGUGACUUAGCCGUUUUAAGCCCAGUUAUUGCCGUUUUAGUUUAGUUUUCCGUAGGGAAAGCUUGUGUAACUGUUUUUACUGCUCUCCCGGUUACACCUUGGAUGAAAUAUGGAUGAUUCUACAUCCAUCCAAGGGUCUUCUUGGGUCGAUUGUUACCUUGAUUAGUAUUGAAUUAAUGCUGUGCUCUACAGUAGCCAGCUCCAUCCAUGUGUUCAAAUGAAUUGCCUGUUAGCUCUCUGCUCACUGGUUCCAGAGCUAAUGAUGGCCUGUCUUACAGAGAAAGCUCAUCAGAGUGUUCCUGACUCUUCAGGAGCAAGGCAUACUGCCAAACUACAUCACUGUCAAUCACAUGAGAAAGCCUUCCUGAAGAAGUGAGCGAAACCUCAAGUUUCACCGACUCCAGUACAGUAUGAUGCACACAAAUAUAUAGACCGAUAGAUAGAUAGGCCCACGGGGAUAGACAUCGAAACAUAAGAGUGAUUGAUGCAAGUUGUAUGUCUUGUGUAUAAAUGGCAGAAUGGAGAGACAUCCACGUCAUUGAGCUGUUGAGUAGAUACUGUAUAUACAGUGCCUUGCGAAAGUAUUCGGCCCCCUUGAACUUUGCGACCAUUUGCCACAUUUCAGGCUUCAAACAUAAAGA